AUGCUGCGAGAAAUACGACAGGCGUUCCGGGUGAUUAUGCUAAUGAGCAGGCAAAGAAAACAACGUGGUUUAAAGGCCUCUGGGGGGCUUUUGGUGCUUCUGUGGACUGACACGGGGUCUCAAAGGUUAAACUGCACUGUUGCAGCUGCUGGUCCUUGGUGUGCAGGAGUUAAAGUGAAAGCACUUCAUCCUGAUUUGAAGAACAGCCUGCAUUCUCAUGUGUGGCCGUGUCCUGAGCUGGACCCUGAAGAACUGAGUGUCUUUUUAGAUCUGUAUGGGGUGCUCAGAUUACUACAGACUUUUCAGAUGAAAGAUGCAGGCUGUUGUGUGUCAAAGUGGCAAUCUCACAUUGAGGCAUUUCUUCGGACUUUCAGUUUGACUAAUGCAGGGAUAAAGAUUCAUCUCAAAUUCAGAUUUGCUCAGCAGACUGUAAAACAUGAUCUCAGAGCCAAAAUCAAGAGUAAAGUUGCACAGGCAGACCAGCUGCCUCUGAUCUUGGAUGUCACUUGUUCUGCACGGCCUUCGUGGUGUGUUAGGAAAGGAUGUUGGUGUCAGGGAGGACAUCCUGUUGUUGGAGGAAGGUUGCCACUCAGCAUCCCACCACAAGUCAUGGAUCAAGGCCUGUUCGGGGAGCUCAGUGUCCAGUUUGUUACACUCCUGAGGCCGUGUGUGCUGCAGUACCCCAACCUGCUCACAGAGCUGACACGCAUACAUGUGUUAACAUACAGCCCCAGUAAUAUUCCUGUGCCAGGUCCAUUUAACUUCUUCAAAGGCCUUCCUGCUGCUCUGGACUGUCAACAGCUGGGUCUGGACAGAAUCUACUGCUCCUCAUUCAAAGAUUUUGUGCACAGCGGUGACAUUGUGUACUCUGUGGAGCAAGAAAACUGGGAGGAUCCUGAGCAGACACCAAGUCAUGUCCCGGUGCAGCAGAGUCUCCUACUCUUCCUCUUCUUACAACAUAGUGACCCCUUCACCUCUGAGGUCACUGAUAUUAUUGCUGCUGAGAUGUUGUUAGAGCACCACCUGGAGGACAUUCUGUGUAACAACAGGCAGGCCAUCUCCUCAUCUCUGCAGGCUGAACUCUGCAACACUCUGAAAGCAAGAAAUCACAGAAAAAGGCAACAAGAAAAGCUGCAGUCGGCUGCAGACGUGAUUCUCUUUUCCACCAUCAGUAUUGUGAGCAGCAGCAGUAACAAGGACUUCAGAAAUGCCUGUCUGAACCGCAUGAAGGUGCACGACACUCAUGCGUUGUCUGUCUCUCUUCGAGACUCUCUGUGGAGGGUGACUUCAUGGAAAUUUGUCCACAGUGGAAAGUGCUAUUCCUCUGAGGUUACUGCGGUAUUUGUUUUCCACCACACAUUGAUAUGCAUCUGUUUUUCAGCUUAA